AUGGAGGGGGAGCCGCCCGCGCAGGGCCCGCCCCCCAGCGCCACCGCCGCCUCCGGGUCCGGCGGCGGCGGGGAGAAGGGCACCCCGUGCCAGGAGUGCGGGGAUCAGCCGUGGAAGUACCGGUGCCCGGGCUGCUCCCGCCUCACAUGCAGCCUCCCCUGCGUGCAGGCCCACAAGCGCUGCACCGCCUGCUCCGGCAAGCGCCCCCGCACCGUCCCCGUCCCACUCGCCCAGUUCGACGACAACCAGCUCCUCUCCGAUUACAACUUGCUGGAGGAGACGAGCCAGGUCAGGGAGACGGCCCACAGGCUGCUCGGCGGCUUCGGCCGCAACUACGGCUGCAGCUUCGAGGGACGCCAUGGCGCCCAACUACCGCCGUGGCUCUCCUUCCUCCGCAAGGCUGCGGAGCGCCGGGGCGUCCGGCUCGCCUUCCAACCCAUUGGCAUGACCAGGAGGGAGCAGAACCGCUCGCGGCACGACAGGAGGGUUCUGUUGGCGACGCUGACGGUCGUUGAAUGGUUCGUGGACUCAACGGUGUCGUGGCAGCCGGUGCACGGAGAAGCAAAGCUGCUGCAUGUCCUCUACCUCUGGCACCCCAGCACAUGGGGUGCGGGGCACUUGUACGAUGGCUUCCUCCAUCCGCUGGUGCACUAG